CACAGCCGGCCCAAGCACCACUGCCCGCCAAGCUCCAAGCACCCCAACAGGCACCAGCGUUUGCGGGAUCUGCAGCAGUGUGACUUUUCGAAAACAAAGCGGAAAAAAAUACGCCUUUUUGAUGGAUUUGCUGGCCGCGUCCGCAGGCAUAGAUGAGUGCAUCAUCGUCAUCUUCUGCCUGGCCAAAACCGCCCACGGCACGUCCGUGAAAUACGCGCAGGAGGGCCGCCGGGAUGUGUACGUGUUUUCACGUGUGCCCAGCUUCUUGCCGUACUUGGGAACGCUCCUCCAGCGGAUGGCAACGCGCUCGCUGGUGAAGGUGAUCUUGGUCCACCAAGACAUGGCCGUGCUUGUCGAUGUUCUCCGGCUCGUGGUGCACAAAAGCGAGCGCAAAGGGGCCCUCUGCCGCCGGGCCGAAUAUGUGGCCAAAUACAAGGACACGGUGCGCUCUUUGGGCGGCGGCACGCCGGGCCAACGCGCCGAUUCCGGCGUGGCUUUGCCCGACGUCCACGCCGACUAUCCCCCCGCGUUCGAGGUGGCCGUGGUGCAGAACGGCGACGACAUCGACGAGGCCGACUAUCUCGCGGCAAAACACGUGGCCACGCAGCAGAUGUUGCGGCUCGUGGCACUCAAACACGGCGUGCGCUUCGCUGCUCUUUCGGGCCUCCUGCUGCUUGCCGAAAACACCACCGUUGUGGCUGCGGCGGCCCACUGGCUUUUCCGCACCGCCUUGGGCACCGACCGCGUGGUCUACACGCCCGAGGGCUCGGUGCUCGUGGGCCCGGUGCUGGUCCACCAGUACAUUCCCGUGGGCUGGGACUCCUGGGCCAAGAUCUUGCUCGUGGCCAGGUCUGCUCCGCGGCUUGCGGUCAUGGCGAGGCUGUUCGGGACCGAGGCCGAGAUCCGCCGGUUCAACGAGGCCUACGACGGGUGUUUUGAGGACGUGCACGCCAUGGGCUUCCUGGAAUCCGAGGACGGCUACGUUCUACAAGCGGCCCAGGCCCGGCUCAUGCCGUAUUUGGACGAGGGGCCCGGGCCGCGGCUGCCCGAAAAACCGGCUCUGCCCAUGACCUACGGGCAGUUCCUCCAGAGGCUCCAUGCCCGGCAGCAGGCAUAGCUGUCUGGGCACAUGGAAAGUGCGGCCACACUCGUCAAAGGGUGAAAGAUGGGAGAUCUGGGGGAGGACAGGAAGGGCUCAAGGAGCACUUCAAGGGGCAGUUCAAGGAGCAGUUCAAGGAGGAGUUCAAGGAGCAGUUCAAGGAGGAGUUCAAGGAGCAGUUCAAGGAGGAGUUCAAGGAGCAGUUUAAGGAGCAGUUCAAAGAGGGUUUCAGAGAGG